AUGGUUGACUGUCCUUUGGGCAUAUGUGGCUGCCCGGUGUGCUCCACGCGCGAGGAGACACGGGCAACCUCACAGUCAAUAUCCAGCCAUAGUGCACAACCGGGGGUUAAGUUCGAUGACAUUGACAUGGAACCUGUGGAAUCAGAUCUUGACCCCGUGUCCCUCUGUAUGGAUCCAAAGGAGGGCUGGCAGCGCACCAUUCCGAGGAAAGACAAUGUUGUAUCCCAUCGCGAACAAUCACGGCUCGAGUGCGACGAACCAUUCUUUCAUUCUACCAUCUCAAUCACCGACCAUUACGAUCCUUACUCCGCCGUCUCUACUUUAACUGACCCUACUAGCACUGAAAUGUACAUCGACAUAUUGGACGUGACGAACAUCUAUGUGACGAGCGACGUGCAGGGGAACGCCCGUUGGGGUUACCAAUUACUUAGACAGUUGGAAUGUCCAAGCAACUGGGUAGAGUUGGAAGGAAAGGCAGCGUCGUCGGCACUUACUAUAGGCAAGAGUAUACGCAGAUAA